UAAUCGUCUAUCGGCUAUCGUUACACGUCAAUUUUUUUUAUAAAAAUUGUCUGUGAAAGACUCGACAUUCUAGAUCCUUAUCCGAUUGCUUUAGAUCCUCGCCCCCAAUUUACUUAAGGAUCUUUGAUUGUGACACGCAACAUGGGAUUAACAAUUUCCAGCCUGUUGACACGCCUCUUCGGCAAAAAACAAAUGCGCAUUCUGAUGGUGGGCUUGGACGCCGCCGGCAAAACAACUAUCCUGUACAAACUGAAGCUGGGCGAAAUUAUCCAAUCAAUUCCGACAAUUGGUUUCAAUGUGGAGACUGUCGAAUACAAAAAUAUAUGCUUUACGGUGUGGGACGUCGGCGGCCAGGACAAAAUUCGCCCGCUCUGGCGCCAUUAUUUCCAAAACACGCAAGGCCUGAUUUUUGUGGUCGAUUCCAAUGAUCGUGACCGUAUCACUGAGGCUGAAAAGGAACUACAAAACAUGCUUCAAGAGGAUGAGCUACGGGAUGCCGUGCUCUUGGUUCUUGCAAACAAACAGGAUCUGCCCGAUGCCAUGAGUGCCGCCGAUCUAACUGAUAAGCUUCGCCUCAAUCAAUUGAGGAAUCGCCACUGGUUCAUCCAAGCAACUUGUGCAACCCGGGGACACGGCUUAUACGAAGGCUUAGACUGGCUAUCCGCUGAAUUGGCCAAAAAAUGAUAAACGAAAUGGCGAUGCUUUCCAACUGAACGUUAGGAAUUCGUUUUGUGCAACAUUGAAUACAAUUACUAUUGAUUAGACUCUAAAUAAAUAUGUCUACAUUAAGUCGGAUUAACUGAGAAAAUAACCAAAAAAAAAAAAAACAACAAAAAACACACAAAAGAGGAUAAAAAUGAAUGAAAAUCAUAUUUUAUAUCGCAUUUCGGCUGCGCCGCAAUAGUUCCCUUCUUGCUGCUGCUGCCGGAGCAAGCCUUCUUAGCGCAUUCAUAUUUAUAACUCGAUAUAUUUAUACCUUGAAACCAGAUUAAACAUCAGUGUUCUGCUAGCAGCAUGCCCUAAAUUAAAGUCAAAACUACAAAUUA